UCACUACCUGAGCACAUGGGUGAAGCAAUCCCCCCGCCCGCCCGAAGCAGUCCGGCAAGUCUGGGGCCCUGCGUCUGGUGCCGCCUCCACCCCGUCCCGGCGCUUCCCGGCUCUCACAGCCGCACCACUUUCCCACUCGGAAGAGCUCACCAUAGCGAAGCUCAGAGAGCAACAGCCAACACCGCAGCCUCGCUAAGAUGUCGGACAAAAAAGGAAGCGGCGCUCACGCACGGGCCCAGAAACCUCCACCCUCAGCAAGCGUUUCCGGGGCAAGGGGCGGAGCCAGCGACGGAAGGUCGUAGGUCCAGCCCCCUCGUCCAGCGGGCAGUAGGGAGGGUGGUUGUCGUUUCCCAGCCGCGCACCCCGAACACUGUCCGCGGCCUUUUGGACUUUGCCGCUAGUUGUGAGGUAGUCACACGUCGCUAUCCCCUGGUCCUGGAAACUAAUAAAGAGAGAAAACAAUCUGCCAGCCUCCGUAACUACCCCCACGAUCCCGCUAAGGGUGGUGCUACAAGUGCGCAGGCGCCGGCUUUGCGAGGAUGGGAGGAGGGGGCGAGGGGCGGGUCCCGCGACUGCGGUUCCGGGGCGGGGCCGUCUGGAAGAAGCCGAAUCCCUGCCUCUGAGGGGCAGCGGCCGCAAUGGCGAUUUUUAGCGUUGGGCCACGCAGUGCUGGCCAUCAAUGGCGUGGACGUGAACGGCAAGUACACGGCCGAUGGGAAGGAGGUGCUGGAGUACCUGGGCAACCCUGCUAAUUACCCGGUGUCCAUUCGGUUCGGCCGACCCCGCCUUACCUCCAAUGAGAAGCUCAUGCUGGCCUCCAUGUUUCACUCGCUGUUCGCAAUCGGUUCCCAGCUGUCUCCAGAACAGGGCAGCUCAGGCAUUGAGAUGCUGGAGACCGACACGUUCAAACUGCACUGUUUCCAGACACUGACAGGGAUCAAGUUUGUGGUACUGGCAGAUCCCAGGCAAGCUGGAAUAGAUUCUCUUCUCCGAAAGAUUUAUGAGAUUUACUCAGACUUUGCCCUCAAGAAUCCAUUCUACUCCCUGGAAAUGCCUAUCAGGUGUGAGCUGUUUGACCAGAACCUGAAGUUAGCCCUGGAGGUGGCAGAGAAGGCUGGAACUUUUGGACCUGGGUCAUAGGCUGAGCCUGCAAUGGAUCUCCCAAAUUUUGAGAGAUCCUGCAGCAGGAAGUCUGCUGUAUCCACUCCGAUGGAGAUCCUCACAGCUUCCUUAGUGCACUUGACAAUGGGAGGGUGCAGAGCCUGAUGACACAUACUGAUCCCUGAGCCUUAAUACUGCUCUCUGCCCUCCCGUGUCUAUCGUGGGCCUAUUUCCCAACUCUGUACAGACUUAUUUAUGGAGGGAGUAGGUCCAUAAAUGCUAAAUAAACAUUCCUUUGAUCUGUG